UUUGGGGAUGAAUGAAAGCCUUUGUAAACCCUAGAUACUGCUCUCUCUUAACGGGGUGUUGCUCUUUCUCUGGCUCGGCCUGGACAUUUACAGUUCUGCGCCUCCGCCUUCCUCAAGUUCCUCGACGUGCGUUGGCACAGAGUAGCAACCAUGUCGCUCGUUGCGGGUGAGGAGUUCCAACAUAUUCUUCGUGUGCUCAACACGAACGUCGAUGGACGUCAGAAGAUCAUGUUUGCCCUGACCUCCAUUAAGGGGGUUGGGCGUCGUUUUGCCAACUUGGUUUGCAAGAAGGCCGAUGUCGACAUGAGCAAGAGGGCUGGCGAGCUCUCCGCAGCUGAGCUCGAGAACCUGAUGGUCAUCGUUGCUAACCCUCGUCAAUUCAAGAUCCCAGACUGGUUCUUGAACAGGAAGAAAGACCACAAGGACGGUCGCUACUCCCAGGUUGUUUCAAACGCCUUGGACAUGAAGCUGAGGGACGACCUCGAGCGACUGAAAAAAAUCAGGAAUCACCGUGGUCUUCGUCAUUACUGGGGCUUGCGCGUGCGUGGUCAACACACCAAGACUACCGGACGACGUGGAAGAACCGUUGGUGUGUCCAAGAAGCGUUAGAUUGCUUCUUAUUAAUUUUUGUCGAUGUAGUGGGUUUUGAUCACCCUUUCCGAAGUAAAACUUUAGUGCUGCAACAUUCCCAAUUUUCAAUAUUACACGCUGGUUGCUUGUAAAUCAGAUUUUGUGAUUUUUCCAUCAUGAAUGUGAGGGUUCCGAGAGCGACUGUGUCA